AAGUUAUGACACAUCAUUCUACCAGUCACUACUUACUACUUAUAUUGUCAUAUUGUCGGUCAACGAAGUCAACGUGACAAGUGAACUUGACCGUCAGUUUGAAAUUUUUGUGUUUAAAAUUUUACUUAAAAUGUAUUAAUUGUGGAUUGUUUCAACCAUUAUAAUAAUUAAUCACCAUUAUAGCCGAUAUUGAUAAAGUGGAACCCAAAACUUUUUAACCUUCAAAAAAUGCCUGGAAUAUCUUAUGAAAGUGCCCAUAAUUCUGGUGGAGGAGAUGCAGAUUCUACCGUUAGAUCUAACGCACCAAUAACCUAUAGUUCCAAUGGACAAUUCACACCCAGUGACUCCAGAACAUCCUCUAAUCAGACAUAUUUCGCAGAUGAAAAAAUAAAAAUACCGGAUAUUGAUGGGAAUAAAUUCAGCUUUAAGAAAUUAUGGGCGUUUACUGGUCCAGGAUUUCUGAUGUCUAUCGCAUAUUUAGAUCCGGGUAAUAUAGAAAGUGAUUUACGUAGUGGCACCGUUGCUCAAUAUAAAUUAUUAUGGAUACUUUUGAGCGCCACACUUUUGGGCUUAUUAAUGCAAAGGUUGUCAGCCAGAUUGGGCGUGGUAACAGGCUUACAUUUGGCUGAAAUGUGCUACAGGCAAUACAGGAAAGUACCAAGGACGAUAUUAUGGAUAAUGAUUGAAAUAGCCAUUAUUGGAAGUGAUAUGCAAGAAGUUAUAGGGACCGCUGUUGCCAUAUAUUUACUCUCUAAUCGAGUCAUACCGAUAUGGGGAGGAGUUUUGAUAACGAUAAUAGACACAUUUACAUUUUUAUUUCUUGAUAAAUACGGCUUAAGAAAACUCGAAUCCUUCUUCGGAUUGCUGAUAACAAUAAUGGGCUUAACGUUCGGUUUCGAAUACGUCACGUCCAAACCAGAUGCAGCGGGCGUAGUUAAAGGGAUGUUCAUUCCAUGGUGUUCGAAUUGUGACUCUAGAGCGUUACUACAAGGAGUUGGAAUAAUCGGAGCGGUAAUUAUGCCUCACAAUCUCUAUCUACAUUCCGCUCUUGUAAAAUCGAGAGCUAUCGAUCGAACAAAGCCAGAAAAAAUAAGAGACGCUAACAUGUAUUUUUUUAUAGAAGCGUCAGUAGCUUUACUUAUAAGUUUUAUUAUAAAUGUGUUUGUGGUAGCCGUAUUCGCCCAUGGAUUAUUCCAAACGACCAACCAAGAAGCCCAUGAUUUGUGUGCCAAGCAUCCCGCCUUCAAUGCCUCCAUAUUUCCGGAAAAUUCCGAGUAUGUAGAUGCGGAUCUGUAUACCGGUGGUAUAUUCCUCGGUUGUAUGUAUGGAGUAUUAGCAAUGUACAUUUGGGCAGUUGGCAUCCUUGCUGCCGGUCAAAGCUCUACAAUGACAGGUACAUACGCCGGUCAAUUUGUUAUGGAAGGAUUUUUGAAUCUACAAUGGGCUAAAUGGAAAAGGGUGUUGUUUACUCGUACCAUAGCAAUAAUACCAACAUUCUGUUUAGCUUUUUUUAGCAAUAUUAACGAUUUGACGAGUAUGAACGAUAUUUUAAACGCAAUUAUGAGCCUUCAAUUGCCGUUUGCUACAAUUCCAACCAUAGCUUUCACUAGCAACCCGCAAAUAAUGGGAAAAUUUGUAAACGGAAUUGGAAACAAAGUGGCAUCCAUUUUACUGAGCAUCGUGGUAAUAGGAAUAAAUACUUACUUUGUAAUAAGCUCUGUAGAUAAAAUGGAAUUGAAUGGAUUUCUACUUUUCUUAGUGAUAACAGUCGGUAUUGUUUAUUUAAUAGUCUGUUGUUAUUUGGUGUUACAUAUGACCAUAUCGAUGGGUAAUACGAGCUUAUUACGAUUCAGUUUUGUCAACAAGUACAUAAUGGGUCCGGUAGAUGCCACUUUAGAUAUCAGUCCUACUUGUUAUACGAGGCAAAACUCUGAUGCUUGUGAAGAGUAAGUGGUUAAUACCACUAGCUUUGUAUCUAUUCAAAUACUCGCCUUGUCAUCUAGAUAUAAAAUACCCGGCCGUUCGCAUAGCGAAUUUUGAAAAAUUUAUUUUUCAAAAUUCAUUAAAUAUAUUUUUAAAUUUUUAUAAUAAUAAUUAUUCGAACAAAUUAAUCUUUUAAAAUGUUCUGAAAUUAUUGUGGUUGUUAAUGUAUUGUGUUUGAUAUUAUCAAAAUUGAAAAAAAAUAAGUAUAGUACAGUCAAAUUAGCUUUAAAAAAAUAUCAUUUUCAAAAGAAAAUUAAUAUGUGAAAACCACAUGCUUUUUUUGUUCAGUACCCAAAAUUAAGGUCAUAUCUUUUGACUGAAUUUUUUACAUCAAUGUCUAAAGAGUUUUAAUAUUUUUUUUCUUUUAUUUUGCGACAAAAACUAAUGCUCAGAUGUAUAGUAGAAAAUGUAAAACCGGCUAAAUUUACGUUUUUCUAUUUUUGCAAUAAAAAAUUCUUCUUAUUCCUCCCCUUUUCUUAAGACUUAGUCUACUAUUCAACCUCUUGAAAAGUAGAUGUCCAUCCUUCGUGUCGAACGCGAACAUGAUGCGCUGUAGACGUUCAUAAAUGUCAAAAACACACCCUGAAUUUAAAGCUGCACAGAAUGAACGCGAACGGGACUGUAGUUCGCGAGUAAACAUAACCUUAAACCGAUGCACAGAAUGACCACUAAACUGACGGUGGUUCGCUAGUAAACAUAACCUUAAACCGAUGCACCGAAUGUACGCAAACAAAACCUUAUUUUGAUCCACUUUUAGGCCUCUAACGUGAUCUAGAUUUACUGUUGAACAUAGAAAAAAUUAUCUAGAAGUUGUAUUAGAUCAAAUAACACGAUCUGGAUUAGAUAUAAAACAAAAUCUAAAUAUUCGAAAGUACUUAAAGAGUUACAAUCGAUGGAGAAACUUUAUUCAAUCAUCUAAAUGUACACAAAUUAAUAAGUUGUGCACAAUAAUCUAAUUAAAGGAGAUUUCUCGAACCACGUCUAAAUCUAGAAACUGGAAAAAAUCGCUAGGGGCCAGAUCUGGCGAAUACGUGUGUGGUCGAACAUUUCAAAGUACCGAACACCGAAAUGUGAGCAGGUGCGUUGUUCUGAUGUAAAAGCGCUUUGUUUCUCUUCAAAUACAAUGACUUUUUUGCUAUUUAUCCUUUCACCUUAUUAAAAAAUGAUGCACUCUCCUAUUAUUGUUGUCCCUUUUUGAAAAAUGGUCAAUCCCAUAAUUAUCCCAAAAACUCCAGAGUUAAUUUUUUAGGUAAAGAAAUGUAUUUCUUUGUUAGCAUAAUUAGUAGCUGCCGGGUGAUCACUAAUUGUUAUUAUUUUAAAUUUUUGGUCAAUUAUCUUAAUUUGCUUUUAUUAUAUAUUAAUAGAUCUAGUAAUAAUUGGUGUCGUUUAAUAGUGUUUGUUAAAAAUCUUGGAAUAACGUCAUAAGAGCUUUUGAAAUAUUUACAAUCAAAUGGCGAUCACUUUUAAUUUAUUAAAACUUACUAAUUAACCUCAAUUUUUCACUGAAAAAACUAAUAAAAAAUCUGCACCAACUAAAGAAGCAAAAAUAAUAAACUUUUCAAAAAGCUACUCACAAGAGGCAAGUUUUCGACGACUUCACGACCUCGACUGAAUCCUUUCUGCCACUCCAAUAUUUGCAUUCGUACACUCCAAUGAUUCCGGAACCCUAAUUCCAAUUAGAAACACAAACUUAUUUUCCAUAGAUAAAUAUUUCGCCCUCUAAUCAAGUAUACACUAUUUGAAAUAAGGCGCCCAAAUUUCACACAACGAACAUCAAUUUUUUACUGAGAAAACUAAUCAAGAAUCUGUACCAACUAAAGAAGCAAAAUUAUAAACAUUAUAAAAAGUUUUGCAAUAUAUUUCUGGAGAAGACUUGCUUUCUAUUAUCAUAUAGUUUCCUGAAAAAUGGUUAAAAAUAACUGUUUCAAUUAAAUAUUGGUCUAUAAAUUAUAAAAUUUUUAUUUCUACGUUCAUGUAAUAAACACAACUUUAUUGAACUAUAUUUACUGGAAAAAAUGGUUCUUUAUUGCUCUAAUGCAAUAAAUGUCUCAUCUGUCGUGAUCAUAGACAAACAUAAAUAUUCAAAUAAGUCAAGAAUUAACAAAGAAUAGCGGAUUUUAUUUUAUUAUUAAUCAUAUUUAUUAUGUUCUCGAUUAAGAAAUGACUAGAAACUUUUAAACUGUCCAUAUGAUAACAAUUUAUAAACAAAAAUGUAAAUGCAUCAAAUAUACGCGCUCACGACUAUUACGAUUUUGAUAAUGCAGUUCUAUAAAUGCCAGUCAAAAUUUUUGUUUUCGUGAACGUAGAAAAAAUAUUGUUUGUAACUCGGGCAACAAGUGUUUAUUGCAUUAGACGUGUUAUUAAACUCGGUCUCGUUGGACAAAUUUUGCAUAAAUAGUUAUUAUUAUUAUUCGAGUAUUUUUUCAAAUAACUUAUCUCCAUUAUUUUUUCUUUUUAAUGUUUAUUAAACAUCUUAAAAUAAAUUAGUUUUGAAAAACGACAUUAAUUAUUACUGGCUUUAGUCUAAUAAAACCUUUUUUAACAUCUCUAGAAAUACUAACACUCCAUUUCGUUUGUUUCCAUUUUCAGCCUUCUUCGAGGUGCUUAGCUUUUUACUGAUUAACCUACUGGAAACUAAUUUGAAUUAGUAUCAUAGUUCUAUUUUUCAACAUUUUUUAAGGGUUAAUUUGGAUCUACCUGACGACAAGUACAAUUUUUAACGAAAAAUUUUAAAAAUAGGUAUCAUUCGAAAUUGCCAUAUCGAAUCUAAAUACUGGGUCAGCGUAAUAGCAACAUGCCAGGUAAAAAAAUAAAUUAAAUGUAAAUAGGUAAGAUAUUUAUUUUCAAAUUUUAUAAAAUUCCACCAAAAAUAUUCAAAAAAAUAUAUAACUAUUGUAAAAAAAAAAUUAUUGAAAAACGAAAACAUAACCAAUCAAAACAAAAUAAAAAAGUACAAGACACUAAUAAGACCAGUAAUUAUUUAUGUGAUAGAAACAACAGUAAUAAACAAAUAAGAACAAGGAGAAGAACUUAAAAGAACUGAGAGAAGCAUAUAAUAUGUAAUACAGUCGAACUCCAAUAAUUCGAACUGCAAGGGACCGUAGCAAAAGUUCGAAUUAUCGAGGUGUUCGAAUUAUCGGAGUUGUGCACAUUUACAUACAUAUAUGUAUGCAUUUCGAUGCAUCUUUCCAUUUUAUAAAUAAAUAAAUAUGUUAUGGGUAUAUAAAAUGUUUAUUUAUUUAUUUAUUUAUUUAAAAUAAUUUGUACACGUUUGAAGAAUUUUUGGUCCUAAAAAGGACCGAUUAUUUAUCUUAAAAUAAAAAAAAAUACAUAUAUUUAUUUUUUUGUAAAGAAAUCAGCUAUGCUAGAUUGCUUCAUGCUGACGAUUUUUUCCUUUGAAGCAAAUCGAGUGAUUCGACAAAAUAUCGUCGUCUUACCUAGAAUCUGAAGAUUCGAAUUUUUCAAUUUUUUUCAACACUAACAGUUCGAAUUUUUUAAUACCUUUGUACAUACAUAAUUUACACAAUUUUCAAUUAUUCGAACAUCAAAAAUUCGAACUUUUCAAUUAUUUAAACGCCAAAAAUUCGAAUUUUUCGGUAAUUAACACAGAAAAUACGAAUUUUUUGAUAAUUCGAACUUCAAAAGUUCGAAUUAUCGAGGUUUUUUUACAUGUGUUAGUAAUAGGAAUGUCAAGGGACCGACGCAAAAGUUCGAAUUAACGAGGAAUUCGAAUUAUCGGUGUUCGAAUUAUCGGAGUUCGACUGUAUUGAAAUAUUUGAAGUUUUCCCGAUUGGUUCAACUCAACUAACUGCCAGCGCCAAUCUUUCCAUAUUUUCGUUAGUUGUUACAGAUAAAAGUCGUCCAAAUCGCGGCGCGUCGACAACUGGGCCCAUUUUUAACAAUUUCUGAUACGUUUUCUACUAUGUUGAACGAUUUGGUAGCGGCGAAUUCGGAAAUUGUUGUCGGUAAACAUAGUUUCAAAAUUCGAAUGAACUUGCAUCGGUUAUUCAUUUUGAGAACGCGUCUACUCGACGAGCACAGACACAACUGUCAAAAUCACGGACAUGUUCGUUCUAAUCUUUUUCUACAGCGUUGCCUGACUUAUGCAGACCUCGAUAAUUGAUUCCAUAUGGUAAUGGUUAAGACAAAUCGUAUCAUGAACGAUCUGUCGACCUUACACGGGGCUCUUGUGCCAUGUAAACUGUUUACCUUCGAUAUAUGAAGACGAUGUUUGGGUUUCGAAACGAUUGUGUUCAGAACGCCAUCUAUACUAUAUAAUUAAACAUAUUCAUACACUAUCAAAUCGCUAAAUAACGAUUCGCCCCAUGUAAGGUUAAUUAUGUAGAAGAAAAUAUUUAUUAUAAUUGUAUAAAAUAUAUUUGCUCAAAACCUAAGAUUUAAGAAUGAAAUAAAAGUGUAAAAAUGGCAUCUUUUUCUCACUUAUUACAUUAUUAUCUAUUUUUCACUUUAUAUUAAGUUUGUUCUUGGUAGCUGCACUGGCAGAACUAGUUCAGUGUACACUAAAGCGUUAUUUGUAGUGGAAACAGCGCUAGUGUCGCUGUUCUCAGUAGUAGUGCAAGAGAACUAGUUUUUACUGUACUGCUUGCACCGGGUCUAGAGUCAGUGCAAUAAGUGUAAUCUGGAAACGGUGGUUCUACAUCUUCAGUCAUGAGAAAAAUGUAAAAUAUCAAAAAGCAUGAUUCACAUUAAAUAACCUCAAAUACAGCUAAUGCUCCAUUGCUCUCUGCACUAUAUCGUUCUUUAUGUUCGGUCGAACUAAUUCUAUACACUCAUGAACUGGCCUGCACUGGUACAGUUAUAGUGUAGCUACCAAGAGCAAACCGAUUGUGUUUCGAAUAAAACAUAAGAUGUUUAUGAAUUAUAUAUACUGCCGAGGUACAUAAGUUGAAAAUAUGUCAUUUGUAAAGACAACAAAUCAAUUUGUUACCAAUGACUAUAAAUAAAAAAAUAAAUAAAUCAUAAAAA